UCUUCUCACUCGCACUCACUUUGGUUCCCUCUCCCAGUCGGCUACAUUGUCAGCUCUUUGCUCUCUCUUGCCUGCCUGCCUACGUCGCCUUGUCAUCGUCGCCAAGUGUUUGAUUUUUUCGGGUUUGUCGUAGCUAAAAGUGGUCACCAUGGCGGAGAAGAAGGAAGAGAACAUGCCGACCUUCAAGUGUGUCUUGGUGGGGGAUGGAGGGACUGGGAAAACCACCUUCGUCAAGCGUCACUUGACUGGAGAAUUCGAGAAAAAGUAUGUCGCCACGUUGGGGGUGGAGGUCCACCCGCUCGUCUUCAAUACGUCGAGAGGCUCCAUCCGUUUCAACGUGUGGGACACAGCAGGUCAAGAGAAAUUUGGAGGAUUGCGGGACGGUUAUUAUAUUCAGGGCCAAUGUGCCAUUGUAAUGUUUGAUGUGACCUCUCGGGUCACAUAUAAGAACGUGCCGAACUGGCAUCGGGAUUUGGUUAGGGUUUGCGAGAACAUACCGAUUGUACUUUGCGGGAACAAAGUUGACAUCAAGGAUCGGAAAGUGAAGGCAAAGAGCAUCGUUUUCCAUCGGAAGAAGAAUCUACAAUAUUACGAUAUCUCCGCUAAGAGCAACUACAACUUUGAGAAACCAUUUCUCUGGCUGGCUCGUAAACUUAUUGGGGAUCCCAACCUUGAGUUCGUCGCCAUGCCAGCACUCGCUCCACCAGAGGUCCACAUGGAUCCUGCUUGGCAACGACAGAUUGAAAACGAUCUCCAGGAGGCAGCCAACGUUGCUCUACCCGAUGAUGAUGAAGAUCUAUAAGCUCCAUCUUUUCUCACUAACAUCAAAGCUAACAGCAACAUCUUCGUCACCGAUUACACCUUUGUUCGUUGUCUAUAAUUUUUUUCUUAUGAACUUUGUUUAUGCAAUUUAAAAAUAAAAUCUAAACUAUUUGUACGUCUGUGAAUUUGUCAGUGAUAUAUUCAGAAGGUGAGGUGAGCCCACUUUUUCAAAAGUAAAUAUUUGUGUCGUCUUUUAUGGUCACACACACAACCAAAUUAAGUGUGUACAUGCGUCAGUAAAUUAAAUAAAGAUACUUGAUAAUGUUUAAUUAA